CCACGACAUUCCUUGCAUUCGAUGCAACACAAAAUCUUUACUAAAAUUAAUAGACCAAUCCACAUAUGGACCUGAGCUGAAAAAACUACUAAUCUAUGAGGUUAUUUUUUCUUUGUUUCCCCUUCAACUCUUACUUAAGCAUCAACAUAAAAAUUCCAGUUGGUCUUCGCUUCUUCCAGUUGCAGUUUUUGUUUUCCAGAUCCACAAGAAACAAUCGAUGAGCAUCCAUCGUCCGCAACCCAGACAAGGACAAUUCCAGUUGGGGUGAAAUAGCUAGUUCUUGACAUGGACGAAGCGCCGGAGGAAUUGAGAAUAAGGGGAACAUCGCUCAUAACUCAACACAAGUCGUCGCCACUGUCGUUCCACCGUCACACUCAGACUGGCAGCCCAGAGGAUUUGUAUUCGACCAGAGCUCAAAAGCACUUUAAGACCACAAAAAGAGCUCUGGCCUCUCAAAUUGAAGAACCAAUGGAUACUCCUGAGAGCCCUAUCAGUGCAAUGGAGUUCCUGUGCAGACCAUGGAGUCCUUCUGCCUCCAACUUCCUGCAGUUAUUUCCUUCAAGUUAUGACAGGGCCAGAGCAGAAGAUCAUGAAAAUCAACCAGAAGAAGCAUUGAAGCACACCCCAGAAAGGAACCAAGUGCUUAUAAUCAACGAGAAAUUCAGUAGAAUGAACUUGAAUCACGUGAAAGGAUGGCCAAAAGGCAAAUCGCUCUCUGGCUUCUUCAGAUCUUGUAAAGAGAAGAAGAAAGAUGAAAUUCGAUGCCACACGGCCAAACUACAUGCUGCACUUUCACUUACAGAGCUUGCUGCAGCAAUUGCACGCUUUGCAACCAGUACCAGCACAGAAGCACAAAACAUCAACCGAAAAGGCAAUGGUGAAACAAGGGCAAUAUACGAGGAAAUGGGAGGUGCUGUUGCUACUGCAGCAGCAUUGAUGACUACUGUAUGUGCUGAGGCAGCAGAAUCUUUAGGUGCAGAUAGAGCUCAACUUGCAUCUGCAGUCAAUUCUGGCCUGGCCAUCGGUAAUCCUAUUGACAUGAUGGCAGUAACAGCAACAACAUCAACAUGUUUAAGAGGUGCUGCAAUUCUGAAAUCAAGAACUAUGGCAGACUCCUUGAGGAUCCAAGGGCUGCUUAGAGCUUGCACUGAGAUAUGUAUAAUCACCCCAUCAGGUCGCAGAGAACACAAAUGGGUCACCAUACAUUCAAAGCCCAAACAAAUCACACUGUCCUUCAAGAAGAAGUAUUUUGGAGGAACCCUAUCAAUUUCGAAAGAGUACAAGCUUAUCUGUAUCGAGGAAGCAAUGGAAGGCGAGGAAUACUUCUUCCUAAGUUUGAGGACAAACAAUGGCAUCAUCAAGCUACUAUUCAAAGAUCAGACGCAAUUGAACAUCUGGAUAUCAGCCAUUUCCAGUCUCCUAAAGAUGGCACAACCCCAGCCAUUUCUCAGCUAAGAAGUCACCAGCAUCGUACCAUCCAUGAUUCAGUUCCAAGGGAAACAAAACACAAAUCAAUUAGCCUAUAGCUUGAUGGCUGUGAUACUUUCUUUUCUGUAUGUCCCAUUUAAACAGCUUAUCCAUAUCAGGGAAACAAUGGAAGGUGAGGGAUACUUCUUUCUCA